UUAAAAAGCAUGAAUCAUUCCCUUUCUGGAACUGUCGCCCGUAACGAUAAAAAAGUUGAGUUCGAAAGCUUAAUGGAUAUCCUCAAGAAGCAAAAAGAGAAGUCGCCUACAAAAGGCGAGGUAAAGAAGAAAACAAUUUUUGAUACGAAGUCAUCAGGAAUUUUCUCGCACAGAAGAUCCAGCGAACCCCAAUCAACUUAUAGAGAACCUUGGAGAGCAACUAAAUAAGAUAUUCGAGUCUUUUGAUAAAGAUAACUAUUGGUAUACUGGUAAUGUGAGAGCAGACAUAAUCUACAAAUCCACAAAUAUGCUGCCUAGAUCCUACAAGGAUGAUAAGUUGGACAAAAAGGCAAAGCCAUUUAGGAACCCUGCUAGGAAUCCAGACCAAAUCAAAGAAAAGGCUUAUUUAACAAAAAUAGGGAGAAUGGCUUUAAAAUAAAAGAAUAAAGGAAUCAGAGAGCUAUUACAAGAAAAAACUUAAAGCAGAGAAAGAAUAUUUUGAAAAUAGGAGAUACCUACUAGAGAAUAUGGGCAAAGGCACCAUUGACCCUCCCUUUUUAUCUGCCAGGAACUCAACAAUAAAUCCGUCCAGCAUAAUGUCUGAACACAACAUGUACUUCAAACCUGGUAAAUAGACGAUAG